AUGAUCAGAGAAGUAAGCUUCACACCUGAGGAGGCGGAGCCGAGGAAGGCCCCAGAGGCCCCUCCCCCUCCUGACUCCGCCCAGCCGUCGCUCCUGGCCAAUCUGCUGGCACGGCGCGGGUCGUCUGUCAGCGUCCCGUCGUCCAAUGAGAUCAGCCCUCUUCUGCGAGGCUCCGCCCACCUGCCGUACGUGCCCCACUCGCCCUUCUUCCUGUUCUCCUACGAUCUGCAGGAGGAUCAGAAGAGCAGCAGGUCCUUCUCCACAGCAGCCAAACAACCCAAUGACCGGCCUGCUGUGGGCGGCCUGCUGUCGUCCUCGUACCGGCAGCAUCAGGAGUCUCUGGCGGCGGAGAGAGAGAGACGACGCGUGGAGCGAGAGGAGCGGCUGCAGCGCAUCGAGAGAGAGGAGCGCAACCGACACAGUCGGGACUAUGUGUCCAACAUGGAGGAGGCCAGACACGCUCGAGAGGAGAGGUUUCGGACGGCCGAGCGACUGGCGGACGAAGAGUUUGAGCGAGAGCGAAUGUGUUCUGCACCUCGAGGUCUCAGCCUCACUCUGAGCCCGACGGACACCUGUCAAUCAUCCCACAGUGCCACGCCCUCCUCUGUGACAUCACAGGACGAGCAGGACACGCCCAUCACGUCGUACCUGCCCUCUGAACCAGAGUCUGAGGAGAAGGACGCAGAACCCAGAGAGGAACAGGAAGAGGAAGUGGAGGAGAUAAGUGCUGAAGAAGAAGUGGGCGGAGCCAAGGAGCGGGCGGAAGAGGAAGAGGAGGGGUCUGAAAGGGAAGCGCCGGAUGGAGAAGCGGAGGACAGCGGGAUCUUGAGUGAUAAAGAACGACCGAAACGAAAGAAGAAGUGAAGCGAGAAGGACAACUGCUCCGCCUCAGGUAUAUCCUCAGCCAGCAGCACACUAGAAAGAGAAGAUCGGCUCACUGCAGGCGGAGCGGAGACGGGUCAGUGGCCUCAGAGCGUCAGAGACGUGAAUGAACAACGAAACAAGAUCCUCGACAGCAAGCUGUUCAUGCUGGACAUGCUCUACUCACAGAGCAAGAAACCCUCAGAGGAAGACGAGGACGAAGACGAGCUGGCCGAGGACAAAGAGCGAGACGCAAAAGAAAAGGCUGAGGAUUCAUCGCAGGACGCAACGCCUCGGGAAGAGAACGAUGCUAGCCAUGAAGAAGACAAGAAAGUCGCGAACCAGAGCAACGUACGAGCAUUUGCCGAGCGCUUCGGAGACAUCGUGAAAGGUCUCACCUCUCCACCAAUAGAAACGCAGGAACCUCCUCCUCCUCCUCCGCCAGCUCCGAAGAAGGAGUCGGACUGCAUCUGGGACCAGCUGAUGGCGAGUCCGCGGGAUCUGCGCAUCGGCGACAUCGACUUCACCGAUCUGGGAGACGAGGAUGACCAGGAUGUCCUGGACUCUGGGAGUUUAUACAGCUCUGGUGAUCUGCAGGCCCCGCCCCCUCCACCACCGCCCUGCCCCUUUAACCUCCCAGCCCCGCCCCCUAUGUUCGGCUGUCCUCCGCCCCCUCCCAUGUUCAGCAUCCGCGUGCCUCCGCCCCCUCCCUGCUUCUCCAGCCAGGCUCCGCCCCCUCCUCAGCAGGAGGCGGUAGCAACCUCCACUGCUUCAGAGAGAGGGAAGAAGACCAUCCGCUUGUUCUGGAGUGAAGUCCGGCCCGCCGACUGGAUCUACCGCAACCACAAGCGCAGCCAAGAGUCGCUCUGGUCCAGACUUGAACCUGUCAAAGUUGACACGGCUAAACUUGAACACCUGUUUGAGACCAAAUCCAAAGAGAUGCCCGUGACUAAGAAAACGGCAGUGGAUGGCAAGCGGCAGGAGAUCAUCAUUCUAGACUCCAAACGCAGCAACUCCAUCAACAUCGGUCUGACGGUUCUUCCCCCGCCGCGCACCAUCAAAACCGCCAUACUGAACUUUGACGAGUACGCGCUCAACAAAGAGGGCAUUGAGAAAAUCCUGACGAUGAUUCCCACGGAAGAAGAGACGCAGAAGAUCCAGGAAGCUCAGCUAGCAAAUCCUGACAUUCCGCUGGGCAGUGCUGAGCAGUUCCUGCUUACACUGUCCUCCAUCAGCGAGCUCUCAGCACGCCUGCAGCUCUGGGCCUUCAAACUCGACUAUGAAGCCACAGAGAAGGAAGUGGCUGAGCCUCUACAGGACCUGAAGGAGGGCAUGGAUCAGCUGGAGAAGAACAGAACGCUGCGCUUCAUCUUAUCGACUCUGCUGGCGAUCGGAAACUUCCUAAACGGCUCCAGCGCCAAAGGCUUCGAUCUGACGUAUCUGGAGAAGGUUCCUGAGGUGAAGGACACAGUUCAUAAGCAGUCGCUCCUGCAUCACGUCUGCAGCAUCGUGGUGGAGAACUUCCCAGACGGCACAGACCUGUACUCUGAGAUCGGCGCCGUCACACGCUCUGCUAAAGUGGACUUUGAGCAGCUGCAGGAGACUCUGACUCAGAUGGAGUGGCGCUGCAAAGCAUCAUGGGACCAUCUAAAAGUCAUCGCAAAGCACGAGAUGAAGCCGGUACUGAAGCAGAAGAUGUCGGACUUCCUGAAGGACUGCGCCGAGAGAAUCAUCAUCCUCAAAACUGUCCACCGCAGGAUCAUGAACAGGUUUCGCUCUUUUCUGCUGUUCCUGGGUCACCCGGCGUACAGCGUUCGUGAGAUCAGUGUGACUCGGUUCAGUAAACUGCUCAGUGAGUUCGCUCUGGAGUACCGCACCACACGCGAGCGCGUCCUCCAGCAGAGACAGAAGCGCGCCGAUCACAGAGAGAGAAACAAGACGCGAGGGAAGAUGAUCACAGACCUCAACACACAGACGGAUGAUGAAGAGGACAGUGAGGUGGGUCAUGUGUGUGUGAGCAGUAGCAGCAGCGCUCCUCCUGUCGCGCCGCAGACGGAGCCGCAGAGUUUGUGUCGCGCUGAAGAAGCAGCUGAACACGAGCAGAUGAAGGCAGUGCUGAAGAGCAGCCUGCAGAGAGGAGACAAUGACAGCACCGGAGCGAGGGGCCUCAGGACACGCACACGCGCCAGCAGAGGCCGCACCGCAUGGGCUGCAGCGAACGAAGAGUCUCAGUGCACGACAGAUGACGCUGCAGAUGAGAUCAUGGAGAGAAUUGUACGAUCAGCCACUCAGAGUCCCAGAGAACGAGCGCAACCCCGUGAACGCCGCCGCUCACGCGUGAACCGCAAAUCACUGAGGAGGACUCUGAAGGGUGGUCUGACCGCAGAAGAAGCUCAAGCACUGGGAUUGGACACGUCAGAGAUGCCGGUGUAAUGGGACGUCCUGUCCAAAGCACACUGACGCUGUUGCCUUCAGCAGAACUCAUCUCAAGACAACAGAAAAUCCAGCAUACCACAGUAAAAAUAUGGUUUAAUAAUGAAACGGCUGCAGAAUCUUCCACUGGUCAUAUAUACAGCAAAUCUCCGCCUCCACACUGUGUGUUUGAUUCUAAGCCACGCCCCCUCAUUACAUACACGCCUCACCAGCCAACCGCAGGCCGUCGCUGUGAUGAUAUAAAAUCCCUUUACAGUUUAGUUCAAUGAAAGUUGAAUAACACUAUCUCAGGGUUUGACUGUCGUUUCAUUUGAAUAAUUUCUAUUUAUAACUUUCAAAAAUAGAGGAACGGUGAAAUGUGGCUUUAAAUGUCCGGUCACUUGAUUCACUUUAUGUUUGCGUCGGUCAGAUCAGUGAAACUGUGCUCUGAUACUUUGGAUUAUUUAUUGUUAAAUGUACAAUAUGAAGGGACAACUGUCAACAGAUAUUAAACGUGGAUUUUCUAAAUCCUACAAUCCUAGAUGUGGUUUUCAGACAGGUAAAACUCCUUUAUAACACACACAGACUUUUGUGCAGUCCAGUUUUAUAUCUUUAACCCUCAUAAUUCAUUCAGGUCUGUUUUGACCCAGAAGAAAUAUAGAAAGAUUUCUAAACAAUGCAUAGUUUUUAGUAAGGGAACCAAACUUUGCAGAUGCUUUAAGAUCCUCAAAAUACACAUAGUUUUUUCUUUUCUAAUUUUUUACAGUUAUUCUUUCAGAGAUCUAACACGUUUCGUGUUCGGGUCAUUUUUGACCCGGGUUUGUAUGGAGCACCAUUAGUGUCACAAUUACCUUCUGUUAAAUAAUCUAUGAAGCUAUAUUAGUGUCAAAAAUUUUUUUUUAGCCUUUUCCCCAUAUCUCACAUACUUCUAGACUGAAUUUUGUUUUGGUGAACAUGAAUAUGUGGUGACUAUUAACCACUGCAGCAUGAAAAACUGACCAUUUUAAAUCCGAAAGAGAAAUAGAAAUUUCAUACAAUAUUUUCCAAUAAAAUAUCUCAUCAAUAUUGAAAAAAUACACAUACGUUUUGCAUCUUAGUUUUAUUUAUUUAUUUAUUUUUUGGUCUGAUCCAUGUGUAAUUUGGAAUGACAAAGAAUUUCUUACUUUUUUAAUAUUAAUAAUAAAGGGUUAUAUGUAGUAAUAACAUGGUAACAUUCUAAACUUUGAAUUUUUUCUACAUUCAUGAGAAAUUGCUGAUGAGAUACAAUAUGGUUUUUAGUUAAAAUAUUAAGGUUUGACUGUUUUAUGAAAUAAUGAUUCUACGUGUCCAAACAGACCCAGGAUAUGAAAAUAGUAUCAGAUUUUGAAUGCAGUGUGAGGGUUAAAUGACAUGUAUAAAUAUUUCUAGUUUUUGUCCUCUGGUUUCUAUAAGCAUCUUUUGUUUGAGAUGUGAGUGUUUUACAGCAAAUUUCGAUGUGCCUUUGCCACAGAAGGAACUACAGUAACUCACUCAUUCAUGUUUCUGAGAUCUUUAAUAGAAACCCAGAGGCCUUUAGGAUACUCUUACUUUUAUUUUCUGUCUGUCAUCAUCCUCCACGAUCUUCUGAGUUUUGUGUCGGUUCACGCUGUUAUGAGAACCAUCAUGUUGCACCCUAAUGUCCAUCAUUAUUAUUAUUAUUAUAUGGGAAAACAAGUUUUUAUAAGAUUUGUAUGAGCUCUACAACAGAUGCAUUCUGUCUCCAAAAAUGAUUCUAAAUGUACAAAAUGGUGAAAGUAUUUUUGACGAUGAACAAGUCUGUAAAUGUUAAUGCCCUUUUGUUUUCUUUUGUAAUUUCUGUAGAUCGUUUUUUCUGUACAUGUUAAUUUAAGGAAGACAACUGAAGCCAUAAAUGCCUUUUAUUUCAGAACACGGAACUCGCGUGAUCCACUCGUCUGUUUUUAUCUGCUGAAACAUCAGUAAUGUUUAGUUCGUUUCUUGAGCACAUGGAAUCUGAACUCAUUUUGCAGAAUUGAAGGCCUUGUAUUGUAACAUUUUUCACAUUGAUCUGCAUGUGUCACACCCUGCAAUAAAACCCUUUCUGAAAUAAGA